GUACAAUCACUCUCCUAUGAGUUUCGGUCUUCUCAAAUAUGGCUGUCAAGCUAAAAUAAUAGAUAGCACUUCCUGUAUAAUUCAUGGCCGGGUGCUGGAGAGCACAGUGAUACAUGAGGUCACUGAGGAAGACUGCACUGGGGAUAUGCUGUGGAUUGUUCAGAUAUGAAAUCCAGACUCCAGCCUGCAGAACCUGCCUCAUACGAGAGGAUUGUGCUGAAGAACGUCUCUGAGUAUCAUUACCUGAAGGUUCAGCUAGUAUUUCAAGACAAGGGUGUGAAGCUCUCUGCAGCUCAGUUCAAGUCAUUGAUUCUCUCAGCUUUAAGGGAGUUGCAUGGAGAGGUUGGAGCUUCCUUCCCACUGGACCUGUUAAAAUAUGAUGGAAAGACCUUGCAUGCCAUACUGAGAAUCAAGAGCGAGGGCCUUGUGAAGUUGUGGACUUCUCUGACUCUGCUUGGACGUUACCAGGGCCAACAGUGCAGCAUUCGUGUUUUACAGAUGUCUCCCUUUCUUCUGGCAUUGGCUGGUAAUAGCAGAGAGCUGGUAUUGGACUGAAUAUUUCUAAGGAUGUUCCAUCACUUGGUCAGUAGUGGGAGAUCCUUACGCAUUUCCUCCAACCCAUCCAUGUUAAGUUGC